UCCAUAAUUGAAUUAGUCCUCUUGCAGUUUUGUGGACUACAUUAUCCCGCGCAAAUAGUAGAGCUGACUCUUGUGGUCAACGUCACCAUCCCUAAAUCUAUGUAUCAAAUUCUCCUCUGCACUAGUGGUACGCGAACCAAGCUCAUUCAAUGUCGUCCACACAGAACAAGAUGAUGUCUACCGAGCAGCCCUCUCUUCCGGUUCCGGUGCUCUUACCUUUGCCACAACCUAGUACCCCUAACGAGUCACUUCCCGAUGAUUUGCUGUUGAGCUGCUUCGCACGUGUCUCGAGAUUGUACUACCCAACUCUCUCUUUAGUAUCCAAGAGGUUCCGAUCACUCAUUACUUCACCGGAGCUUUACAAGAUCCGAUCGCUCUUAGGCCACACAUAGAUCUGUCUCUAUGUGUGCUUUCAGUACUAUAAUGGGAUUCAUGGCCCAAACACACGUUGGUUCACUCUCUGCCGCAAACCUGAUCAAUCCUUUAGCAAGAAGAAGAAGAAGAAGAAGAAGUCAAGUGGGUAUGUCUUUGCUACACUCCAAAUUCCCAAUUAUCCUCCUGUGCGCUCCUCGAAUCUAGUGGCCGUUGGUUCUAAUAUCUACAACGUUGGCGGAUCCAUUUACAAUGCGCCUUUGUCUAAAGUCUCGGUCUUGGAUUGUCGGUGUCACACGUGUCGAGAGGGCCCGAGUAUGCAGGUGGAACGGUAUUGGUCAGCGGUGAACGUUCUUGAUGAAAAGAUAUAUGUAGCAGGAGGGUGUAAAGAAUACAAUUCCUCAAAAUGGAUGGAGGUCUUCGAUCCAAAAACGCAAAGUUGGGAGCAUGUGUUGAGCCCUCUCAGGGAGAGAUGUGGAAGUCACGUAUGGAGGAGCGCGGUGCUUGACGAAGAAAUCUACAUGUAUGGAACUUGGGGUGUGGCUUACAAGCCAAAUGCAAAUAGGUGGAAAGCUUUAGAAGAGGUUUGUUUGGAAUUAGGAUGGUUAGAGAAUCCUGAUUGUGUGAUAGAUAACAUAUUAUAUUGUUAUAGUGAGUCUCAUGGGAUAAGAUGGUACGACUCUAGGAUAAGGUACUGGAUACGUUUGAAAGGUUUGGAUGGGUUGCUGCCAAUGUUUGCUAAAUCUGGUUAUGUCAAAUUGGAGAAUUAUGGUGGGAAGAUGGCGUUUUUGUGGGAUAAGUAUCUGCCUUCCAGUGGAGACAAGGAGAUUUGGUGUGCGGUGAUUGCGCUUCAGAGACGCAACUUUGAAGAGAUGUGGGGAAAAGUGGAGUGGCUUGAUGCUGUGCUUACAGUGCCUUUCUCUUAUGAAUUCGUGUCAGCUCUUGUUGCUACCGUAUGAUUUGCAAAAACAUACAACUUGAGUGUGGUGAACUUUUUGGUUUAAUGGGCUCUUAUAGAGGCUUGCUUCCCCCCUACUCUCUAUUUUUAUAAUAUCAUUCAGUGUGGACU